GUUAAAUAUAGCACGCGCAAGCCAGCUCCUCAACAAAGUCAUUGCUCUGACGGUGUUUUGAAGGGAGCAGAAGACGAGAAACCUAAUCUCAGAACCCAACAACACCUAGCAACAGUUGAAAAAACUUUUAAACAAAAGUCUGGGUGGGAGAUAUACAACAGCCUCCAAUUUCUGCUGAUCGGGAUUUCAGGGAGAAGAAGCUGCUUUCCCUUUCCCUGUACUCAGUUUCCUGCAUGACUUCAGCUAUUGGCUAGUCCUGGGAAAGAAAGUGGGAAAAGCUUUUUCCUCUGUAUUCUUUUGGGCUGGAUAGUUUUCCAGGACUCCAGUCUCUCUUGGGCUGUGGGACAAGCCACUGUUUCUUCAAAGGAUAAACUACCUCCAUAAAGGACAUACCCUUGGUUAAACGAGCUGCCAUCAGGUGGGAAUGAGAUCCAGAAACCAGGGUGGUGAAAGUUCAUCCAACGGGCAUAUCUCCUGCCCCAAAUCCUCCAUCAUAAGCAAUGUCGAUGAUAAAAGUCUCUCAGAAGAUGCAAAAAAGAAGAACAAAUCAAAUAGAAAGGAGGAUGAUGUCAUGGCCUCAGGAACCGUCAAACGACACCUAAAACCAUCUGGAGAAAGUGAAAAAAAGAAUAAGAAAUCCUUGGAGUUAUCCAAAGAAGACCUCAUCCAGCUACUCAGUAUAAUGGAAGGAGAGUUGCAGGCCAGGGAAGAUGUGAUCCACAUGCUGAAGACGGAGAAAACCAAGCCUGAGGUUCUGGAGGCUCAUUACGGGUCUGCGGAGCCAGAGAAAGUGCUGCGGGUCCUGCACCGAGACGCCAUCCUAGCCCAGGAGAAAUCCAUAGGAGAAGAUGUCUACGAGAAACCAAUUUCAGAGCUGGACAGACUUGAGGAAAAACAGAGAGAAACCUACCGGCGCAUGCUAGAGCAACUGUUGCUGGCAGAGAAGUGUCACAGGCGCACGGUGGACGAGUUAGAAAACGAGAAGCACAAACACACUGACUACAUGAACAAGAGCGACGACUUCACCAACCUGCUGGAGCAGGAGCGGGAGAGAUUGAAAAAGCUCCUUGAACAAGAAAAGGCUUACCAAGCCCGCAAAGAAAAGGAAAAUGCUAAGAGGCUCAAUAAACUAAGAGAUGAGCUUGUGAAACUGAAAUCCUUUGCACUCAUGCUGGUGGAUGAAAGACAAAUGCAUAUUGAGCAACUUGGCCUGCAAAGCCAGAAAGUACAAGACCUUACUCAGAAACUGAGGGAAGAAGAAGAAAAACUCAAAGCCAUUACUUCCAAAUCCAAAGAGGACAGGCAGAAAUUGCUGAAGUUAGAAGUGGAUUUUGAAAGCAAGGCUUCGAGGUUUUCCCAAGAGCAUGAAGAGAUGAAUGCUAAGUUGGCUAAUCAAGAGUCUCACAACAGGCAACUUAGACUCAAACUGGUUGGCUUAACUCAAAGAAUCGAGGAGCUAGAAGAGACCAACAAAAAUCUGCAAAAGGCAGAGGAAGAACUUCAGGAAUUAAGAGAUAAAAUUGCCAAAGGGGAAUGUGGCAACUCCAGCCUCAUGGCAGAAGUGGAAAAUCUCAGGAAGCGUGUGCUUGAAAUGGAGGGUAAAGAUGAGGAGAUCACUAAAACUGAAUCCCAGUGCAGGGAAUUGAGGAAGAAGUUGCAAGAGGAAGAACAUCAUAGUAGGGAGCUCAAACUUGAAGUUGAGAAGUUACAAAAGAGAAUGUCCGAACUGGAGAAAUUGGAAGAAGCAUUUAGCAAGAGUAAAUCUGAAUGCACCCAGCUACACUUAAAUCUGGAGAAAGAAAAGAACUUAACCAAAGACCUGCUAAAUGAACUGGAGGUGGUCAAGCGUCGAGUUAAAGAGCUGGAAUGUUCUGAAAGUAGAUUGGAAAAGGCUGAAUUAAGCCUAAAAGAUGAUCUUACAAAGUUGAAGUCAUUUACUGUGAUGCUGGUUGAUGAAAGGAAAAACAUGAUGGAAAAAAUAAAGCAAGAAGAGAGAAAAGUGGAUGGACUCAAUAAAAAUUUUAAGGUGGAACAAGGAAAGGUUAUGGAUGUAACUGAGAAACUAAUCGAAGAAAGUAAGAAGCUUUUAAAACUGAAAUCUGAAAUGGAGGAAAAAGUAUAUAAUUUGACAAAAGAGAGGGACGAGUUAAUAGGCAAACUGAAAAGUGAAGAAGAAAAAUCAUCUGAAUUAAGCUGCAGUGUUGACUUAUUAAAGAAGAGACUUGAUGGGAUAGAGGAAGUGGAAAGAGAAAUAACAAGAGGAAGGUCUCGAAAAGGACCUGAACUCACCUGCCCAGAAGAUAACAAGAUUAAGGAACUAACACUUGAAAUUGAGAGACUGAAGAAACGUCUCCAACAACUGGAGGUGGUCGAAGGGGAUUUGAUGAAGACGGAAGAUGAGUAUGAUCAGCUGGAGCAGAAGUUUAGAACAGAGCAGGAUAAGGCUAAUUUCCUCUCUCAGCAACUGGAGGAGAUUAAGCACCAAAUUGCCAAGAAUAAAGCAAUAGAGAAAGGUGAGGCCGUGAGCCAGGAAGCUGAGCUGAGACACAGAUUUCGGUUGGAAGAAGCUAAAAGUCGAGACUUAAAAGCCGAAGUGCAAGCUCUUAAAGAGAAGAUUCAUGAAUUAAUGAACAAAGAAGAUCAGCUUUCUCAGCUCCAAGUGGAUUAUUCUGUCCUUCAACAAAGAUUUAUGGAAGAAGAAAAUAAGAACAAAAACAUGGGACAGGAGGUCUUCAAUCUGACCAAAGAGUUGGAGCUUUCUAAGCGUUACAGCCGAGCUCUGAGACCCAGCAUGAAUGGGAGAAGAAUGGUAGAUAUUCCUGUGACCUCAACUGGAGUCCAGACUGAUGCUGUCAGCAGUGACGCGACAGAGGAGGAAACACCAGCAGUAUUUAUACGGAAAUCCUUCCAAGAAGAAAAUCAUAUCAUGAGUAAUCUUCGACAGGUGGGAUUGAAAAAACCCAUGGAACGAUCCUCUGUCCUAGACAGGUACCCUCCAGCAGCCAAUGAGCUCACUAUGCGAAAGUCGUGGAUUCCAUGGAUGAGAAAAAGGGAAAAUGGGCCCUCAAUCAUUCAAGAGAAAGGGCCGCGAACAAGUUCCAGUCCAGGGCACCCAGGAGAGCUGGUUCUUUCACCAAAACAGGGCCAGCCCCUGCAUAUUCGAGUGACACCAGAUCAUGAGAACAGCACUGCAACUUUGGAGAUAACAAGCCCGACAUCUGAAGAAUUUUUCUCUAGUACCACUGUCAUUCCUACAUUAGGGAAUCAGAAACCAAGGAUAACCAUUAUUCCAUCACCAAAUAUUAUGUCCCAAAAACAGAAAAGUGGAGAUAGUACCCUUGGCACAGAACGAGCCAUGUCCCCAGUCACAAUUACCACAUAUUCCAGAGAGAAAACCCCAGACAGCGGAAGAGGUGCAUUUGCGGACAGGCCCACAUCCCCCAUUCAGAUAAUGACAGUGUCUACAUCAGCUGCCCCCGCUGAGAUCGCAGUCCCUCCUGACUCCCAGGAAAUGCCCAUGGGAAGGACUGUCCUCAAAGUCACCCCAGAAAAACAGACUGUUCCAACUCCUGUACGGAAAUACAACUCCAAUGCCAAUAUCAUAACCACAGAAGACAAUAAAAUUCACAUUCAUUUAGGUUCUCAGUUUAAGCGAUCCCCUGGGACUUCAGCAGAAGGAGCAAGUCCGGUUAUUACCGUCCGACCUGUCAACGUGACAGCUGAAAAGGAGGUUUCCACUGGCACUGUCCUUCGCUCUCCCAGGAACCAUCUCUCCUCACGACCUGGUGCAAACAAAGUGACAAGCACUAUCACCAUAACACCAGUCACAACCUCAUCUACUCGAGGAACCCAGUCAGUGUCAGGACAAGACGGGUCAUCCCAGCGGCCUACGCCCACCCGCAUUCCUAUGUCAAAAGAAAGCAUCAUCAUUCACCAGUUACGUAUGAACUCCAGAUGAAAUGGUAAACCAAGCACAUAUUGGGUGUGUGUACUUCCUCUGAAUCCCUGUUGAACGGAUAGUGUUUCUACAGCUCUCCAUCAUCACUAAGGUCCUCCGUUCUACUGAUCACUACUGAAAAUAGUUUUCUACUUCCAGUGAUUUUUUUUUUUUGAGGCUAUAAUGUAAAAGCUGAAAAUGGCAUUGCUGAAAACAUAAAAAUAGGUUGCAAGAAUGACUUAAUCUUUGUGUCAAAAGAAAUUUUUCUUCCUUUUGAAAAGCUUUCAGGUCCAUGGGCACAUGCUAUGUAAUUUAUUUUUAUAAUACACUUUGUAAUGUGAUUUUUUUCCUAAAGUGUUUCCUUUUUCAUAGUCUAUGGCACAUAUAUACUAUGUAGAAUAUACUGUCAGUUCUUCAAAGCAUGGGUAUUGGUGCAUUAAUAACAGUUAUCUAUGAUUGUUUUCUUUUAUCAAUUUGUUGUUUCUGAAGAAAAGAAAGUACAACACAUUAUAUAUUUCCUGGGGUAAACUCAAGAGUUAAAGAGAGAAGCAGGAGCUUUUGGAAGAGUUUUUAUUAUUGUUUGUACAAUGCUGUGAUUCUGAUCAUGGUUCAACACUAACAAAUAACACUCUGAUUUAAAGUUUAACUUUAAAUACUUAAAUCCCCAGUUUUUAAAGUUGCUCUUUCUAGUGUUCUGUGCCAAAACCCUUGAAUGAAUUGAUUUUCAUAUGGAAUGAAUUAAUAAAAGGAGAUGUAAGAGUUUAACAUGUAAGGAUUGUAGGAACACCUUCAACUGAUAGUUCAAUUAUAUUUGCUUGCAUUAUUUACUUACCUGCACAAGACUCACAAUAAGGAUAUCAAGAUAUUUCUCACAAUCUACCUAAGUAAAAGUCUGAAAACAAAAACUGACCAAGAACAGUAUUAGCAUUUUUUUUAAUGGUAAUAGAAAUCGCAAGAUAGAUAACUUUUUUUCUUGCAGAUGGGAUUUGGACAGAUUUUCAGGAUCAUGCACAGGUUGGAGAAUAUAUUCUUUAAAGAAAAAAAAGCACAUGAAUUACUCAAAUCUCAUUGUCAGAGCUGCUGUUGAUUUUAGAUUUAUGUAAAAAUGUGCAACUAAAGUCUACUUGAAACCCUUAAUAUGGGUUUAUUUGUUUUUUUAAAACAAAGAGUUUGUUAAUGUGGACAUGGUUUCAAUAAGGCCUUUAAAAGAUAGCUUUAAAGAUUUGACACAUCAGUUUCUGAAGGCAGAAGUCAUCUAUCACAUAACUUGACUGAGAUUAACAAAACUAUGCUUCUGGGCAUCACAAGGAUAACUAUUGUAAAAACAACACAAAUAAUAGUGUUGGCCCAUUUCUCUAGUACACAGGUUGUACCCAGAUUUACAAGCCCAGAGGGUAGUCCACACCAAGUCUCUGGAAUAGAAAAAUAAAGGUUGGAUUUCCUCCCCUAUGGGACUUGGUAAGGUUUGAAGGUAUACCUUGUGGAAUUAGCAAAUCAUAUUCAGUAGGUAUUUUAAAUUAAAUAUAUUUUAUGUAAAAUUAGUUUUGAUUUUUGUAAGUAAAAGAAACGCUACAGUAGGCUUGUCCCAGCUUGAAUGAUUGUGUAUACAUCACAUAACCUUCAGGGCUUUUGAUUACUGAUUAAGAAAACUAGAGUGUGUUUGUGUGAAAAUUUAAAAAAUUGUUGUUGGUUUUGUUUUCUGAAAAUGUUUCUAAACUGUAAUGGCAUUUUUAAUUAAGAAAGCAUUUUAUUUAGUAUUGGUAUUUUUUUUCACUCGCAAUUAAGUUCCCUUUUUGCCAAUGUUUAUACUUGUGAUGGCAAAAAUAUUCUGAUAUAUCACAGAUAAGCAUUUGAAGCAAAUAACUUUUUCUCAACCUGUGGAAAUUUUAUUACACUAAUUGUGAAAAUGCUAGAAAAUAAGACUUUAAAUACCUCUUGACUUUAAAAUAUUACAAGUAAUUUAUGUAUAUUUGAGUCUGAAGUUUUUAUUUCUCUUGAGUUUAUAAUGAAAUUUGGUACUUGCAAUGCAGAGUGAGGGUACAAUCAGAGUCAUUUAGAUGGUUCUGGGCUUUUUUUCCACUCAUGCUAUGAAUAAAUCCUCUAUUUAAACCCAAAUGGAAUCAGAGUGACAGAUGGCCAAAAUUAAUUUAAAAAUUGAAAAAUUGUUUAGAAAUUGAAUGGAAUAUGAAAGAAUGGAAUAUUAACAAUAGCCAUAUCCUUAUCUAAUAAAU